AUGAAAAGAAUAUAUAGUUAGUAUUUUGCUGAAGACAAAAAAGAAAAACUGUUAAAGCUCCUUAAUGCUCUAGGAAACAUUGCUAUGAUAUUAAAAUAUACUUAAUCAUAAUUAGCUAUGGCUUGGGUUCUUGCAAAUACAGAUGUUUCUUCUGCAAUCACAAGUGCUACUAGACCUGAAUAACUUGAUGACAUAGUUAAAUCUGUGUAAGUUGUGAAAUUAAUAACACCUGAAGUGAACAAAGAAAUAAAUGCAAUUUUAGGUAACAAGUCUAUGUGUGGAAUAGAUGAUAAAACAUAUGGACUUAAAAAAUACAAGAAGAGAUUUAAUGUUAUUAAAAAUUAAUAUUGA